AUGAGUACGAACCAAGUUUAUGUUUUCAAGAAGCGACAGCCAAAUAAGUAUGCAUAUGUUGGCGAAGUCCGUUCCAUGGCUGAGAACCAAAAUAGACCUCCAAGCACCAUGUUUGUGCGCAUGCUUGCUCGUGCUAAUGCCAAAGGGGGUUCAUCUGGGCAGUAUAUUCGGUGUACUCUACCAUACAUCAAAAAAGAAAUUCCUAUUAUCAUUGUCUUUCGUGCCUUGGGAUUUGUUGCCGAUAAGGACAUCUUGGAACAUAUUUGCUAUGACUUUGCCGACACUCAGAUGAUGGAGUUGCUCAGGCCUUCCUUGGAAGAGGCUUUCGUUAUUCAAAAUCAGCUGGUUGCACUUGACUAUAUCGGGACACGCGGUGCACCCCCUGGUGCACCCAAGGAAAAGAGGAUAAA